CCUGGAGCUAAACAAUUACAAAUCGACAUAACAGGCUAUUGAAGUCAUAUCAAUUAAACUCUCCAUUGUCCACUCAAUUCAUAUCAAGAAUUAACAAUUGGACUGGAGAAGUACUAAUGAACGAAAGUGACGAGAGAGAAAAGCAAUCGGAGCACUAAGGUCUUCAGAAUGAAUAAUCUCUUGACAAACUCGUCCGCAGCCAUCACCAUGUUCGCGAAUCUCUAGGAGGGGGAAGAGCGAUGGAGUUGCAGAAGAUUUAGAACCGGGGAAAAACGAGUCGCAGCGAGGCAGCAGCGAAUCUCAACGAAGUCGUCAGCAGCCGAUGCUGCCAUGGUUGUGAAGCUCUAAGAGGGGAAAAGAGCGACGGAGCUGUAGGACGAGGAGAGCCAGAGAGAAACGAGUUGGGGUAGAGCAGCAGGGGAGCGAGAAUCGCCGAUCUGGGGGGAGUCCCUCUAGUCUCGAUAUCCUCGGUGACCGGGCCAAUUUUCUUAGAGUCUGUCGCCGUCUCUUGUGUUGAGAAAGAAUGGCGAUGGGAGGAGGAAGGAUCAAAGCGGGUUGGUCUCUGCCAUCCCGUCGGCGAAAGAGAAGAGACCGAGAUUUUGUCGUCAAGAACAAAGACAACCGUCGCCGGAGAAUGGAAUAUAGAUCUGGAACUGGGAGCAAUUUUUGUUGGAGAGGAAGAGAGCGCAUGAGCCGACAAAGUGAAUUAUUUAAAUUUUAUUUUAUUAAUUUUGGGUCAAUGUGACCCUUUUACCCCUGUUGUUAUUAUAACAACACAUUCAGUGUUGUUAUUGUAUCCCGUCCCGCAACAAAGUGAACAAACAAUGGACGGGGAUAGCGCCACCAGAGAACAGCCGAACAAUAGGAAGAGAGUAAUCAAAGACGAUGUGAUUGCCAAGCUUAAGGACGACGGUGACUUCGACAAUCUCCGGCUUAAAAUCAUCCGGAAGCUCAAAGACAAUGGGCUUUUUGAAGCUCAAAUGAGGAUUGUUGGCUUUCCAGUCUUCGAAGUAGAGAAAGGAAGAAUUCCGAAGCGGCAUUAUCUCCAUUGUCGGCAGUCAGCUGCUCUAAAUCGUGAUAGCGGUGCAAAUAUGAAGCCAAGACAGAUUUCUGAUGCUAUUUUUGAUGAGGUUGGGAAUGCGAUGAUGACCAAGGUGUUAGAUAGCCUUUGGGGAAUAAUAAAAUCCGAGGAUAUGAGCAAUGAAAUCACAGAUACAGUACAAUCUGUGUAUGAUAAAUGGGCAGAGCCUGAAAAGAAGAAUGCAGCCAAAUUUGGUUCUCGUAAUGUAGUGUCUGUCCAGAAUGAAGUUAGUAUCAUCAAUGCACAAACUUGUGCAGUAGGUGAUGACUUGCCUGACAACGAGUAUAAUGAACCACCAUGUUUAUGUCUGCCAGAUGGUUAUCAAAACAAUGGUAAUGUACGUGAGGAUUCAUAGCCACCAAUGUCUAGAGAAAGGCCUGUAGAAGUAGAAGAACACAAUGGACGUCCCAACCAUUCAGAUAAUGUGUUAGAGAAGAAAAUGGAUGUGAACCAUAAAGCCAAAGAAAGAAGACAAAAUAGGAGAAGCAGGCCUGCAUCUGCUGAUUUUACUGGUUGUGAAAGAUGUGGAUUAUCCAGUUCUUUCCAUGAGCUUCUGAAGUCUUCAGGAAUCAGGAUCACAUACGUUUUCCCUGAAACAUUCUUGACUGUACAUCAACUAAGUCCUCGAGAGGAGCAUGGUCUCUUACUUGAACAUUACGGAGAUCGGGCUCCUGACAACUCGCUUAUCAGAAACCCAUUUGAUGAAUCCUUCAGCAAAACCACUGGCGACAUUACUGUUUGCAACACGACUGAAUGUGACUGUAUACGUCGCCUUUUGACCCACUUCCGCAAAUGUCAAAUUUGAGGGCUCGACAAUCACAUCAACUCCUGCCGGAUGAAGGAUUGUUACAAUGUACGAUGAGUUUGCUUCCCCAAUGUUUGUCACUGUUCUUGAGAAAGUCUGUGGAGGUCCUCCCAGUGUUACAGAAAACGAAGGGUAGUUCAACUGCCCAGAAGAUUGAGUUUUCUGCUGUGAACAGUUGACGGGUUUAUUUGCUAUGAUCCCAACUUGAUCAUUGGUAUAGCGUAGCCCACACAGAUAAGGUAUAUAGUCAUCAGGCUGGAUGUCGUAGACCAAACCUGGGUCAUUCGCUCUAGUUGGAUUCACCUGGCCCGCUCCAGUGGCAAAGAAGUCGGCACGCUGAAGAUUCUGAUCAACAAUUUGCUUGCCUUCCCUAUUAAGCAGAUCAGCAGACGUCAUCAUGGCAGAUUUUAUGACAGCUGGUGACCAAGUAGGAUGAGAGCUUUUGAGCAAUGCUGCAAUGCCACUGAGAUGAGGGCAUGACAUUGAUGUUCCAGAUUCAACAUUGAAGGUUGACUUCGUGUUUGUACUUUUAUCCAGGGGGAAUGGCCAUGCAGCUAGAAUGUUCACUCCAGGCCCAAUAAUAUCAGGUUUCAAAAUUCCCACUGCUUCCAGUGUUGGCCCUCUAGAUGAGAAAGAAGCAACAACAGGUGCUGAUGAGUUGUUCCCUGCGACAGUUCCUUUGAACAACAGUGAAGCUAUUGGUGUGCUUGUUGAGUUCAGGUAAGCUCUAAUCUUCUGAGCUGAAUCAAAGCUGGCAUGGGUAGCAGGAAGGGCAUGAGCAUCAGCUAUAGUAUUGAAGCCGUCUGCCUCUCCAUUCACGAGAAUCAUGGCUGCUCCACCUGCAGAUUUCACUUCCAUGCCUUUGCUAACUCUAGAAACUCCACCGCCUCUCUCACACAGGACAAUCUUUCCCUUCAGAUCUGUACCAUUCAGAGCCCCCUUUCCGCAAAAUUUAGAUGUUGGUUGGCCGUUGAUGCUUGCAGCAUCAAAGAUAGACCAUGCUACUGUUGGACCAAAGUUUCUUGAAAGGGAUUCACCCUCAAGUUCUUCUCCAUUUCCUAGCUUUGCUGAUACAGAAAGUUUUCUAUCUAAUGUGCUUGCCCCCACCGUGAGAUACCAUGGGGCUUCGUUAGAUACUGUACUGUUAGAAGGACCGGAAUUUCCAGCAGCACAGCUGACAAAUAUCCCCUUCUGCAUUGCUGCAUAGGACCCAAUUGCAAUCAUGUCCUCAUACAUGGGAGUACCGGGUUCCCCACCCAAUGAGAUUGAGAUCACAUCGACUCCAUCAUGGAUAGCUGCAUCAAGCCCAGCUAGUAUGUCACUCCCAGCACAGUGAUCAAGGGGGCACACUUUGUACAUUGCUAAAUGAGCUUGAGGUGCCAUUCCAACCGCAGUUCCUUUUGCAUUUCCAAGUGCAUCGGCAUUUUGAACAAAGCUACCAGCAGCUGUACUUGAUGUGUGAGUUCCAUGUCCAUCUUCGUCGGCAGGUGAGCCUGCUGUCCCGUUCUUUGUCUUAGCUGCAAGAUCAAAAGUCCUUGCACCAAUAAGCUUGUUGUUGCAUUCUGAUCCGUUGAACUCGCAUUUGCCUUUCCACUUGGAAGGAGGUGGUGGCAUUCCCUCGUCAUUGAAUGAAGGAUGACCAGGAGCAAUUCCUGAGUCCAGUACUCCAAUAAUCACACCCCGGCCGAAGUUUGACUGAUUCCAGAAUCCCAGCUCCUGUUGCAAACCCAAGAACUGGGGGGUUUCUGUCGUCUGGAGAUUAUAUAUCCUUUCAGGGUAAGCUCUCACGAACCCAUCCUUCUUUGCCAUGGCAUUCACUUCAUUUGGUGUAAGCCUUGCUGCAAAGCCGGUGAAUACAUGGUCGUAAGCAUAGAGCAAACGGUCAUUCUGCUCGGAGCUCGCGAUGGUGAUUGGUAAAAAUGACUGGUAAAAAGCCUUGUUAUCUGCUGACUCGGCUAAAGUUGUGCCGGCUGCUCUCUUGACAUGGACAAUGUAGGUUUGCUGGCUUUCUUUCUGGUCUGCUGCUACUUCAGCUGUGGGUUUGAUUGCUUGCGCAUGGUGAGAGUUGGAGUGGAGAAAGAUAAUGAGACAGAAUAGAUAAACAAGAGCCAUUGUGUUCCUGAGGCUUAUUUGUUUCAUGGAAAGAAAGGAAACAAAGGAAGAUGCUUUUUUUUGGGUUGAAUCCACUUCAGGUGAUGAUUGAAUAUAUAGAUUGGUUCAUUGUUGUGGCCGGCUAUAUUGUUUUCACAGUUGUACUCUCAUGGCGGACAUCUCCAUUUGCUUUCCAAUUGACUUGCACCCAAGACCACUCUGUUGAGCUGGUCUAGUUUUAUCUUCUUCCUCGCUUGUGAUAUCUUUUGUUUAGAAGAAAAUGGAUGUUGAACAACAGAACAAACGAAAGAAACAGAAUAGGGGAGAAGCAGGCCUGCAUCUGCCAUUUGCCUUUGAAUUUCGGGUAGUAGGGGUCUUUUGAGCUGAUUGUUUCAACCUUCCAUCUUCUUUCUUCUGCAACUCCUCAAGGAACCUUUUCUCAGUUUUUUUGUCGUCAUUACAUUACUACACAGU